GAACAGGUGCGGCCCUACCUCGUUGCGGAUGGCGGCAACGUGGCGGUCGUCUCGGUCGACGCCGCGAUGCGCAACGUGUACCUGCGGCUCGAAGGCGCCUGCGGCUCCUGCCCCUCGUCCACGGUCACGAUGAAGAUGGGCAUCGAGCGCGUGCUGCGCGAG